CCGCCCAGAGAGGAAGCAUUGAAUGCACUAUACCCCCAAGAUCAGAUCCCAAAGGAUCCCGUCGUAAAUCGUACACCGUAAACCACAUAAUAGUAUAUCGUUCAGGAAAACGUGAUCGCGCAGUGAUCGUGAAGUGAGGAACGGCGCCCCACACUUGUUUAUAUAAUAAUCAGUGGCUGCCAACAGCCAAAAGUCAAAUACCGAAAAAAUAUAUUCAUUUCUGGCCGAUCCGAUUCUUUUCAGGCAACGAAAACGAGAACAUAACGAGAAAUAUCUCCUGUUGUUGUGUGUGUAAUUGUUGUACCAGUGAGUGCCAGUGCGUGUCAGUGGAUCGAUCCGGAGAGGAGAACGAACCAAGUGAAAGUGCUCCAAAGAAACCACAAGCAAAACGAAUCAAAUCCCAAGUAAAACCAAGAAAAUCCACACAAAUCCUGUCUAAUCAUGUCGGACAUUGAGGAUGUCUUUGGUGGCUCCGCCGAGGAGACCAAGCCGGAGCCGGAUGCGGAUACCAACGCCAACGCCGAUGCGGAAAGCAAGAGCAGCGUCGUUACCGAACGGACCGAGGAAGUCAUCCCUGGAGAGAUCGAGAAAAUGGUCACCGAGACCAUCGACGAGGAUGGAGACGUUGUGGAGGAGACAACUGAAGUCACCCGCAAGACGGUCAAGAGAACCAUGAAAAUCACUGAGACUUCAGCCACCACAAAGACAACCACGCUCACGACUCCCGCCAAGCUGUAUGGCAAGGAUCUGAGCGAGUACGAUGAUGUGGAUGUGGAGAGCCUGCUGGCCCAGCUCUCCCCUGAAGAGAUCACCAUACUGGCCAAAGAAGUGGAUCCUGAUGACAACUUCCUGCCGCCUGAUCAGCGCUGCAGCUACGAGUGCACCAAGGAUGCCACCGGUCCGCUCAAUCGCAAGCAGCUGAUCGAGCACAUCAACAAGCAGGCCAUCGAGACGCCCGACGAGCCGGAGUUCGAGCCGUAUGUCCAGGGUAAGGUGCGUGGCAAGAAGUGGGUGCCACCACCGAGGGACGCCCGCGAGAUCGAGGCCGAGGAACAGAUUGCCAUUGACAUGGGCGACGAGUAUGAGCACGCGCUGAACGACGCCACGCAGGAGGAGAUCAUCGAUCUGGCCGCCAUCCUGGGCUUCCACUCGAUGAUGAACCAGGACCAGUACCACGCCUCGCUGCUCAACAAGGGCCAGCCCGUGGGCAUGGGCUGGGACGGCAUCACAAAGUCCACGCAGCAGAAGCUCUUCCCCAUGGACCCGCCCAACGGCACCGACGUGGAGGAGUCGAUCAAGCGCGUCAAGGACGACGACUCCAAGCUGGUUGACUUGAACUUGAACAACAUAAAGAACAUCUCGGACGAGAAGCUCGAACAACUCUUCGCCGCACUGCCUCAGAACGAACAUCUGGAAGUCCUCUCGCUGACAAACGUCGGCCUGACCGACAAGACAGCUCUCCUGCUCGCGGAGGCGAUCGAGAAGAGCAAAACCCUGAGAGUAUUAAACGUCGAGACCAACUUCAUCAGUCCGCCCGUGAUUGUGAAGCUGGUGCAAGCCCUGCUCAAGUGCCACACCAUCGAGGAGUUCAGGGCUUCCAAUCAGCGAUCUGCGGUGCUGGGCAACAAGAUCGAGAUGGAGAUCACCGAUCUGGUGGAGAAGAACCCCUCGCUGCUGCGACUCGGCUUGCAUCUGGAGUUCAACGAUGCUCGCCACCGCGUGGCCGCUCACCUCCAGCGCAACAUCGACAGAAUCUUCCGCGUCCAGAAGCUCAAACCCCAGCUGCCGAAGCUGAUAUUGCCCGGCAACAUGGAGAUCGAGCGCGAGAUCCGCUAUCCGAUCUCGGCAACGCCCACGCCGUCGCCCUCACCAUCGCCGCAGCCGCCGCCGGACUACGAUGUGGAGGUCGAUCCCGACAACAUGGUCAUCCGUGGCGGCGGCGGUGGCGAUGCCUUCGAUCCGGAAUUCGACCCGGACAACAUGGUGGUGCCCGGCAGUCGUUCCGUCACGCCCAACUACGAUGACGAGGGCGUCUAUCAAGCGCACACUUGGACGUCAGCGUCGCAUGGGGCACCUGAGCAGGAACUACACCAUUGGCAUGUGGCAAUAGGAGGCAGUAGCUGGAAUCCAACGGACACUGGAACACACAGAUGCCACUCUACUACAUACAUAUGCAAUCGUGCAAUAGUCUAAACAUAAUGUUCCCAAAAUUAUUGUUGUUCUUACGAGGUGUUCCGAGGUGGUGCCCUGUUCAUCCCUGUUCAAUGUUUGUUGCGUUCUUCAGAUUGAUUUCGGUUCGAGUUUGUUUGUGUUCGGUUCACAUGCAUAUGCAUAAUCAUUUGUUUGUUACUUUUGUUGGGCGAAUGUUGAUGUCACACAUAGAUACACACACACAAACACACACAUGUGGAGAUAGACAGCAGUCGAGUAGUGGAGUGUGGACUCUAAAGAAAUUCUUUCCUUAAGCAAUUGCUCUUGACGUUUACGCUGCAGCCUCACACACACACGCCCUCUGCGCAGAUCAUUUUCUUUAUUUUAUUUUAUUAUAUUUUAUUAUACAAUCUGUCCUUUUAUACGGCAUUACCAACCGUUUGCGGGAUAAUGCCACACGAUUUUUAGUUUUAGUCGCACUAUUGAGGAAUAUCUUCAUGGAUGCACGCAGUACACACACAUACACAUAAUACCUAUAUACACUACUAUAUAUAUAUGAUACAUAUAUAGCCAUGGUCUCUGAAACAAUUACUGCUAUGCUAUUGAAUUAUGAAAUUGCUUAAACAUAAAUUUAACUUAUUGUUAAACACACAAUACAAAACAAAAGAAACACUACAAUACAAAGGAAAUACAAACGAUUGUAUAAUGUAAUGAUAUAUCGUACUUUAUAUGACAUAAUGCAA